AUGUCUGCAAAGCCAGCGGACGCUUCCCGGUCUCGUGCCGCGGACCCUAAGAAAGUUCACAUUGCCGACACUGCGAUCAACCGCCAGAACUGGUACAAGCAUGUUAACUGGCUGAACGUCUUCCUCAUCAUCGGCAUCCCUCUGGCUGGCUGUAUCCAGGCUUUCUGGACGCCUCUUCAGCUGAAGACCGCCAUCUGGGCCGUCAUCUAUUACUUCUUCACCGGUCUGGGCAUCACUGCAGGAUACCAUCGUCUGUGGGCUCACUGCUCCUACUCCGCUCGUCUUCCUCUCCGUAUCUGGCUCGCUGCCGUCGGCGGUGGUGCCGUUGAAGGUUCCAUCCGCUGGUGGGCUCGUGAUCACCGUGCUCACCACCGUUAUACCGACACCGACAAGGACCCCUAUUCCGUUCGCAAGGGUCUGCUCUACUCUCACCUUGGAUGGAUGGUGAUGAAGCAGAACCCCAAGCGUAUCGGCCGUACCGAUAUCUCCGACCUGAACGAAGACCCCGUCGUCGUCUGGCAGCACCGCAACUACCUCAAGGUCGUUUUCGGUAUGGGCUUGGCUGUUCCCAUGCUCGUUGCCGGUCUUGGCUGGGGUGACUGGAUGGGCGGCUUCGUGUACGCCGGUAUUCUGCGUAUCUUCUUCGUCCAGCAGGCCACUUUCUGUGUCAACUCGCUUGCCCACUGGCUCGGUGACCAGCCCUUCGACGACCGCAACUCUCCUCGUGACCACAUCAUCACUGCUUUGGUCACUCUGGGUGAGGGUUACCACAACUUCCACCACGAGUUCCCCUCCGACUACCGCAACGCGAUUGAGUGGCACCAGUACGACCCUACCAAGUGGAGCAUCUGGAUCUGGAAGCAGCUUGGUCUCGCCUACGACCUCAAGCAGUUCCGCGCCAACGAAAUCGAGAAGGGUCGUGUCCAGCAGCUCCAGAAGAAGAUCGACCAGAAGCGCGCCAGACUCGACUGGGGUACUCCCCUCGACCAGCUUCCCGUCAUGGAGUGGGAUGACUAUGUUGAGCAGGCCAAGAAUGGCCGUGGCCUCGUCGCCAUCGCCGGUGUUGUUCACGACGUGACCGACUUCAUCAAGGACCACCCCGGUGGCAAGGCUAUGAUCAACUCCGGUCUCGGCAAGGACGCCACUGCCAUGUUCAACGGUGGUAUCUACUACCACUCCAACGCCGCCCACAACCUGCUCUCUACCAUGCGGGUUGGUGUCAUUCGUGGUGGUUGCGAGGUUGAGAUCUGGAAGCGUGCUCAGAAAGAGGGCGUCGAGUAUGUCCGCGAUGGCUCCGGCCAGCGGGUCAUUCGUGCUGGUGAGCAGGUGACCAAGAUCCCUGAGCCUAUCCCCACCGCCGAUGCGGCAUAA